AUAGGUAUCUACAAAAUAAUUAAUCUUUCAAAUUAUAGCAUUCGCCAUUUGAUAGAAAUAGAGUUUAGAAAUGUCAAUGUUCCUUUAUAAUUACUAGAAUUUGCGAAUUUUUAUGCAUUCAUAGGAAAUUUGUAAGUGCAAACUUGCACAAAACGCACAUAUGAUAAAAUACAUAUAAUAUCCAAGGUAUAGUGCUUUCUAUAAUACUUGGUAGGUAAAACGAUUUUCCACCGAGGCUCUGCUUUUUUAAUUCUAUUCUCAAAAAUAUGAAUUUGCAUAAGAAUCCACAAUUUAACGAUUAGAUAUUUUUCCCAAAUUUUAUGCGAUGUAAUCUUUUAAUAUAUUUAAAGGAUGCACCAGUGAUAGUGCGUCGCGAAAUAUGGAUUUUCGCAGAUCGACAGUCGCGAGUCUGCGCCAGUCGUGUGCCACUGUCGCGCCACUCGACCAAUCGUGCCCAUUGCCGUAUGUUUCCUUUGUUUCUGCUACUUUUAAGGUUACAGGUGAAAAAUUUUGUAUUUUUCGAGUAUUGGACUAUUGAACACUAAACAUAUGUUUAAUAUUCCACAAUCAACGAUCUGAUAGUUAUUAAAACGAUAUAUUUACUUUGAAAUCAAUCAAUAGUAAACUGGGAUAUUUUUUUAUUCAUUAGUGGGUUUGAAUGUUUUAAAACAGUAGUCAAUUUAUUAAGUGUAUUUUAUCGUAAAAAUUACUUGCUAUUUCUGCGUAUUUUGUAGGUUAUGUGUUAAUAAACAAGUAAUGGUUACACUUACAAAUGAGGUUAUUUUAUUAUGGGCAAUGGAAAUGUGAAAUUGUAGAUACAGUUUCUGAAAAAGAUUAAUAUACGCUUUAAUGAAGAUAAAGUGUAACUACAUUUACUAUCAUGAAGCAGGUCUUAUUGUGUUUAUUAUUAUAUUUAUUGUUUAUAUGAAUCCUGAUAAUACGCUUGUCGAGUUUACAGGGAGGUCCUCGAAACGGUAGGUACGAUCCUACGCGACACAUCGUGGCUGAAACGUGCAGUGACAGUCGGUAGCUAACAGCACGCUCCAGCGUGCCGGAAGUUUUACCUGUGGCGUUUUUCUUUUUAUCAAAAAGUGUAUUCGAGAACUAUCGUUCGACAUUGUUUUUUCUUUUGCAUCUUUGAUAAAUCCUGUAACAAAGUAAUACAUAAGCAUGGAAGAUCUGGUAGAUGUGAAUGGCGUGAAGGACGUGAAUAGUGGAACCAAUAGGAUUUAUUACGAAUUAGACGGCGAAGGUGACGCCGACAGUUCGACAACGCCACGUAAUGUCGACCACCAUCGUGAUCGAAGCGAAAGUCCGGUGUUUGGUCUGGAAGGUGGCGGAACAGGUGCAGGUGGUGGAACCUCCUUAAGACUUGUACCGCACGAAUUGCCCAAUGAAAUUUCUGCCCCCUAUGAGGUGCCACAAUUUCCAAUCGAACAAAUCGAGAAGAAGCUUCUCAUACAGAGGCAAUUAACCGUCAAAGCUGCCAAGGAUUUAGAGGAACGUCGUAGCCAUUAUGAACCAUCGCUCGGCCCCGGUGUUCCUGACGACGUCGAUCAUAUCUUCAAUCUCGAGGAAAAUGACUUCGUGCCACACUUCCAGAGGGUCUCCAUAUCCGGCGAAGAUACUUCCGGGGUACCCUUGGAAGAUCUGCAACAAGCGUCGCAGAUGUUGGUUCAGGCACUGGCGAUACGUGAGAAAUACAUGAAUAAUUCUAAACAGAGCUUCCCUUCUAUAACAUCGCGAUUUCUACGUAGCGUCGAUAAGAGGCCAGUGAACAGCGACGACGAAGUUCAGCACGAUGAUCGUAAAGCCAUCGCAGAUCAUCCUGUGCACGCACCUGCAUCUCGAGGAGAUCCGUGGGAAUGUGAAUUUCCUAUGGCAAAGAAUUACAUAAUUGCUCCCGUUAACGGUGUCUUCAAUUUGUACGCUAAUGAGGAAGAUUUAGCUAAUGGGAAGCCAGUCCCUUACUCGUAUCCUGACUUAGCCACUUUUGUCAGGGACAUGAACCUUCUUUGCGCGAUGAUCGCCGAUGGUCCAUUAAAAUCUUUUUGCUACAGAAGACUGAGUUAUCUUUCGUCAAAGUUCCAACUGCAUGUGUUACUGAACGAGCUUAGAGAACUUGCCAGUCAAAAAGCAGUCCCUCAUAGGGACUUCUAUAACAUCAGAAAGGUUGAUACCCAUAUUCAUGCAGCAUCUUGCAUGAAUCAAAAGCAUCUACUCAGAUUUAUUAAGAAAACCUUGAAGAAUCACGCAGAUGAAAUCGUCACGUACUCCAAGAACAAAGAAACAAUGACUUUACGGGAGGUAUUUCAAUCGAUGAAUCUGACGACUUACGAUCUCAGUGUUGAUAUGUUGGAUGUGCAUGCGGAUAGAAACACGUUCCAUAGGUUCGACAAAUUCAACGCCAAAUACAAUCCAAUCGGCGAAAGUCGCCUGCGUGAAGUGUUUCUAAAAACGGACAACUAUUUGAAUGGUAAAUUUUUCGCAAGCAUAAUCAAGGAAGUCGCCAGCGAUCUCGAAGAAUCCAAGUACCAAAAUGCGGAACUGCGUCUUUCGAUUUACGGCAAAAGCCCAGAAGAGUGGGACAAAUUAGCAAAAUGGGCAAUUCAAAGUGACGUGUAUUCGGACAAUGUACGCUGGCUCAUUCAGAUUCCUCGGCUUUAUGACAUUUUUAAAUUGAACAAAUUGCUGACAAAUUUCCAAGAGAUAAUGAACAACAUCUUUCUUCCCCUUUUUGAAGUAACCAAUGACGCUAAUUCUCAUCCAGAGCUACAUAAAUUUCUCCAAUACGUAAUAGGAUUUGAUUCAGUUGAUGACGAGAGCAAACCUGAAAAUCCUUUAUUCGAUAAAGAUGUCUGUCCACCCGCAGAAUGGGAUGAUGUUGAAAAUCCUCCUUAUGGAUAUUAUCAAUACUACACUUAUGCCAACAUGACCGUCUUGAAUCAUUUUAGAGCGGAACAAGGUUUAAACACUUUCGUCCUCAGACCUCAUUGUGGCGAAGCUGGUCCCAUUCAGCAUCUUGUUUGCGGUUAUAUGAUGGCAGAAAAUAUCUCUCAUGGUCUUUUACUUCGAAAAGUGCCAGUACUACAGUAUCUAUAUUAUUUAGCACAAAUUGGGAUUGCAAUGUCGCCUCUUAGUAAUAAUUCUCUUUUCUUAAAUUAUCAUCGUAAUCCAUUACCCGAAUAUUUAGCAAGAGGAUUGUGUGUAAGUCUUUCCACGGAUGAUCCUCUUCAAUUUCACUUUACCAAGGAACCGUUGAUGGAAGAGUACAGUAUUGCUGCACAAGUAUGGAAGCUUAGUUCGUGCGAUAUGUGUGAACUAGCGCGUAAUUCCGUGCUUAUGAGUGGUUUUCCACACAAGAGUAAACAAUACUGGCUUGGGCCAAAUUAUACAAAAGAGGGUGUGGCCGGUAAUGAUAUUACGCGAACGAAUGUACCGGAUAUUCGGGUGGCCUAUCGAUACGAAACAUUAGUCGACGAAUUGUCGAAUAUUUUUAAAGUUGUCGAAAAACCCGAAGCCGUUCCAUUUUAAUCCAUAGAGAUAGUACAAAAGAUCCUUGAACAUAAUAUAACAAUUAUUCUACAAUUACAAAAUAGUAUUUAUAAAAUUCGACGAAACUACGAUGAGAAUUAUUUAUAAAACGAAUCUUGUAACGUAAAUAAUUAUGUGAUGUAUGCUAAUAAUUGUUGUCAACUUUUAAUAAUAGUUUUGCAAGAAGUUUCUUUUGUUGGAUAUUAGUUAGAUAUCACUCGAUAAUGUACAUUACAAUAAUGUUAAUUGCAUGAUUUAUACGUGAUAAUUUUCCCUUUAAGAUGUUUUGAUAGAGAAAACAAGGUUAUUCUUAAGGUUAAAUGUAUAAACACUAA